AGUUUUUGGCGACAAUCCUUUGUAUUUUAGCUUAUGGUAAAGUUUGUGUAGCCUUUUCCAAAUUUGAAAGGCCAAAAUUCCGAGUUUAUCAGUGAACGCGGCAAACCCACCCGAGGAAACGUCUCACCUGAGGGAGGGGCCCAGGUAGCAGAGACAAUUGAAGCCAGUAAACACGGAAGUACAGAAACUGAAGAGAAAAGUUCAAACUAAACUCUGAGCGAGCCGUUUUCAUCGGCACGAGUCGAAAGAACAACCUCACCAUGGGUCUGUGUGAUGACCUGUCUCGCUGUAAGAUGGCGCUGAUGUUUGCUGUGGUGAUGGAUCUCCUGGGAGGAGUUUCUCUGAUGGUGGGAGUCUUUGCCACUUUGAAGUUAAAUGGAGAAGAAUAUGGAGAAAUCCUGGUUUAUAGCGGAGUCCUCUUCAUAGUUGCGUCUCUGGCUGGAUGGGUGCUGUGGUACAGCGGGAACAUCGAGGGCCUGCCCCCCAAGAAGGAGGUCGGACAUCACAACUCCACUGUGGACCGGCUCGCCCGCCGAGUCAGCCAGAAGUUCUUCUCCCAUCGGAGAAGCAAAUAUUAUUCAAAGUCCAGUCGUGUCUGACAGUAUUUUCAGAAAAAGUUACUGAAUCAAAACAAGUGUUACAGAUAUGUAUUCAUCAUUUCAGCAAAUGUACACCUUUACUUGCAAAGUAUUUACUCAAAUGUUUACUAUUAACCAGUGUUUGUAUUUUUUAGCUAUCAUUUUAUAAAGUGGUAUUUUAGUGUUAAUUGCUUUUUUUUUUUACAAAGUGCUGCCUAUAGAGGGGUAGUUUCAUUACAUCUUCCUGGUUUGUCCUGUAGAGGGAAACAUAUACUACAAAAAGCAGCAUUUGAUCAGGAUUAAAACCAGAGGCUCUUUGAUGCGAGGUGAGUCAGUAUGUGAUCCCUGAUCAAUAACUCACUUCUGUUGUGAAAAUGUAGGGAACUAUGAAGAAAUGGCUCUGGAACGUCAACUCUGUGUUGUUCUUCUGGUUCUUAAGAAAUUAUGGUCACCAAAACAAAAACAUAUUUCCAAUAGCAGUCAAAUUUAUAUCUUUAAUGAGUGUCUUCAUAUGUAAGUUUGAUACAUUUUUUUCAGCAACCAAAAUUAUUCCAGGAUUUGCAAAUAAAAGGUUGGUGGAAAUGUU